UGUUCAAACAAAGAAGCAACAACAGCUAGUGAUAACAAACACAGCCGGCUGGUAAUACUCAAAACAUUGGAUCCCUUUCUUGAUAUAUAACAAUUGCAGAACUAAGAUCCGACAAAAUCAAUAAACUUCUAUAUAAAACAUCGAACCAGAGUUAGUUGCAUAUACCCAUUCCCACCUUCAAGAAGUAGUCGAAAAAAUCCCUCUUGAGAGGGGCAAAAUGGGCAACAAAGAUGGCAUUUUUCGAUACGCCGAUAGAACAGACAAGUUGCUUAUGUUUUUCGGGACUUUGGGUAGCAUCGGAGAUGGAUUGCAAAUCCCUCUAAUGAUGUUUGUCCUAAGUGGUGUGAUAAACGAGUAUGGAGACCUUAACACAAAAGUCUCGAUGAGUACGGUCAACACGUAUGCGCUUAAACUACUCUACGUUGCAAUUCUAGUGGGACUGUCUGCUUUUAUCGAAGGAUUGUGUUGGGCAAGAACAGCAGAGAGACAGAGUUCUAGGAUGAGAUUGGAGUACCUUAAAUCUGUCCUUAAACAAGAAGUGGGAUUCUUCGACUCUCAGACAGCAGAUUCUUCGACUACGUAUCAGAUUGUGUCGACAAUAUCGUCGGAUUCCAGCACAAUCCAAGUCACCAUAGGAGAGAAGAUACCUGACUGCGUCGCCUACAUGUCAUCCUUCUUCUUCUGCCUCGUAUUCGCAUUUUCGCUAUCAUGGAAGCUCACUUUGGCCGCCAUACCCUUCACGCUGAUGUUCAUCGUACCGGCACUUGCAUUCGGCAAAAUGAUGAUGGAUGUGGCAAUUAAGACAAUCGAGUCUUACGCAGUCGCAGGUGGAAUAGCAGAACAGGCUGUUUCCUCAAUCAGGACGGUGUACUCGUAUGUUGCUGAAAAUCAGACAUACGAAAAUUUCAGCAGAGCCCUUCAGACAACAAUGGAGCUCGGGAUAAGACAAGGUUUUGCACGAGGUUUGAUGAUGGGGAGUAUGGGAGUUAUUUAUGUCAGCUGGGGUUUUCAGGCUUUUGUGGGUUCGCUUCUUGUUAGUAAACAUGGAGAAAAAGGUGGCGAUGUGUUUGUGGCUGGAUUCAAUGUGCUCAUGGGAGGAUUAAAUAUUUUGACUGCUCUCCCGAAUCUAACAGCAAUCACCGAAGCGAAAUCAGCUGCAGUUCGGAUAACAGAGAUGAUCGAUCGUAAACCAGCCAUCGAUUCCGACGAUAGAAAAGGAAAAGCUCUAUCGCACGUGAGAGGCGAAAUUCAAUUCAAAGGUGUUUACUUCAACUACCCUUCAAGACCCGAUACGCCAAUCCUACAAGGAUUGGAUCUCACGGUGCCAGCUGGCAGAACCGUGGGCCUCGUUGGAGGCAGCGGGUCCGGAAAAUCCACAAUUGUUUCGUUGCUUCAAAGAUUCUACGACCCUAUAGAAGGCGAAAUUUUACUCGACGGUUACAAAAUAAAUAGGCUCCAUCUCAAGUGGUUAAGAUCACAAAUGGGAUUGGUUAAUCAAGAACCGGUCCUCUUUGCAACGUCUAUUAAAGAAAAUAUAUUGUUUGGGAAGGAAGGGGCUUCGAUGGAGGAUGUGGAGAAAGCAGCUAAGGCAGCAAAUGCACAUGAUUUCAUUGUUAAACUAACGGAUGCAUACGAAACUCAAGUUGGACAAUUCGGAGUUCAAUUAUCCGGGGGGCAAAAGCAGCGAAUAGCCAUAGCGAGAGCUCUGAUAAGGGAUCCGAAGAUAUUGCUACUCGACGAAGCCACGAGCGCACUCGAUACAGAAUCCGAGCGAGUAGUACAGAAGGCUAUAGACGAGGCUUCCAAGGGAAGAACCACCAUUGUCAUAGCCCACCGCCUCUCCACCAUCAAAACGGCUAACCUGAUCGUAGUCCUCAAAUCUGGUCAAGUGGUCGAAUCGGGCUCGCACGACGAGCUCAUGCAAAUCAACGGUGGAGAUUACCUCAAAAUGGUCGAGCUCCAACAAUCAUCAGCACCACCGCAGAGUAACGGAAACUCAACCAAUACCACUCCUAGGAAUAACGGAAGAAAUCAACAUAGGAUGUCAAGCCCACGAACGCCAGCUCUGCACCCUUUCAGCCCAGCAUUUUCAAGGAGUGGGCCCUUUUCAGCUCCUUACUCAAUUCAAUACGAGCCUACAUAUGAAAGUGACGAUGAAGAUACAGUAAAUAAACAAAAUUACGAGGCUCCAUCACAAUGGCGGUUGCUCAAAAUGAACAAACCCGAGCAUGGGAGAGCUUUACUUGGAUGCUUAGGUGCAAUAGGCUCGGGAGCCGUUCAACCAAUCAACGCCUACUGCGUGGGGGCACUAAUAUCGGUCUACUUCAGAACGGAUACAUCUUCGAUUCCAUCGCACGCCAGAGGAUAUUCUCUCGUAUUCGUCGGCCUAGGAGUAUUCAACUUCUUCACCAACCUUCUCCAGCACUACAGUUUCGCGAUCAUGGGAGAGAGACUAACCAAAAGGGUCCGGGAGAUGCUUCUUCAGAAAAUAAUGACCUUCGAGAUCGGAUGGUUCGAUCAAGACUCAAACACGAGUGCAGCAAUUUCUGCACGGCUGUCAACGGAGGCAAAUAUGGUUCGAUCACUCGUCGGGGACCGCAUGUCCCUCUUGGCUCAGGCGAUUUUCGGAGCCACGUUCGCGUACGUGCUAGGACUCUAUUUAUCGUGGAAGCUAGCUCUCGUGAUGAUGGCGGCUCAGCCUUUACUCAUCGGGAGCUUCUACAUGAGGAGCGUUUUGAUCAAGAGCAUGUCUGCAAAAGCCCAACAAGCACAAAAGGAAGGAAGCCAACUCGCAAGUGAAGCAGUGAUCAACCACAGAACCAUCACAGCCUUUUCUUCUCAAAAACGGAUCGUGGGCCUUUUUAGAGACACGUUAGAAGGGCCGAGGAAAGAGAGCAUUCGACAGUCUUGGUUUGCGGGGGCCGGUUUAUUCAGCUCGCAAUUUCUCGCGGCAGCUUCAACUUCUCUAGCUUACUGGUACGGUGGAAAGCUGUUAUCACAGGGGAAGAUAUCCCCCGAAAAUCUUUUCCAAGCAUUUCUGGCACUUCUAUUCACCGCAUACACCAUUGCUGAAGCUGGGAGUAUGACCAACGACAUAUCCAGAGGAAGCAGCGCCGUCGGAUCGGUUUUCUCGAUCCUCGAUCGGACUAGCGAGAUCGAUCCGGAGGUCUCGUGGCGAAACGGCGAAAUUAGGAGAGGUGUUAGGGGCAGAGUUGAACUGAAAAACGUGGUUUUCGCCUAUCCGUCGAGGCCAGAGCAGAUGAUCUUGAAAGGGCUCAGCCUGAAAAUUUCUGCGGGGACAACUGUGGCUUUAGUGGGGCAGAGCGGCUCCGGAAAAUCGACAAUCGUUUCUCUUAUCGAGAGAUUUUACGAUCCGAUCAAUGGGUCGGUGCUCAUUGAUGAGAAGGAUGUUAGAGAUUACAACUUGAGAGCAUUGAGAUCACACAUUGGCUUAGUCAGCCAAGAGCCUACCCUCUUUGCAGGAACCAUCUAUGAAAACAUUGCCUACGGGAGAAAGGAUGCCAGAGAAUCCGAGAUACGAAAAGCUGCAAUUCUCGCAAAUGCACAUGAAUUUAUAAGUGGUAUGAAAGAAGGAUAUGAAACUUACUGUGGAGAAAGAGGAGUGCAGCUCUCUGGUGGGCAGAAGCAGAGAAUAGCAUUAGCUCGAGCCAUAUUGAAGGACCCUGCGAUUCUUCUGCUCGAUGAAGCAACCAGUGCUUUAGAUAGUGUUUCGGAGAGCUUGGUUCAAGAAGCACUUGAGAAGAUGAUGGUCGGUCGAACGUGCAUCGUUGUGGCUCAUCGAUUGUCCACUAUACAAAAAUCGAACGCCAUUGCUGUGAUUAAAGAUGGGAGAGUUGUCGAACAAGGUUCGCAUUCUGAUCUACUGGCUAUGGGGAAUCGGAGCACUUACUUUUCGCUGGUUAAAUCACAGCACAGGGUGUAGACUGUAAACUGCAAACUUUAGUUAUUGAUCGAGAUUAGGACAAAAUCGAAGAGUUUGAUAUCAACCAUGAUUUCCAAACUACAGGAUAGUACUAUGUAAAUUGUAUCUUUCUUUAUGAGUGUAAGAUGUGUUUGUGAACCAAGAAGAGUUAUAUCUGUCACUUUAACUUA